AUGGAUCCCUUUUCAGCAGAGGGCGGUAAGCUUAACAUGCUCCUCGGUGUAUCGUCGACGCUCACUCAUCCUCUCUAUAGAGCUCCUCAACAUCCACAAUGCCUUCCACUCUGGUCAAUACCAAGAGGUGAUCGACUUCGAGACCGCCUCCCUUUCCCCGAGAACCAGCUCCCAGCUCGUGUGCUCAAGCUCCGUUCUCGGAUUGCCCUUGGACAGACUGACGAGGUCCUUGCCGCCGUUUCGACUGAAGAGGACACCCCUGAUCUCGCCGCCGUCAAGGCCCUGGCCCUGCAGGUCACCGGCAAGGCCGACGACGCUCUCCAGCUGGCCCAGGACCUCGCCGAGAACUAUCCCGAGAAUGCUACCGUGGAGGUUCUCGCCGCUACUGUGCUUCAGGCUCAGGAGCAAAGCGAAGAAGCGCUGUCCCUGCUAUCGAAGCACCAGGGUAACCUCGAGGCUGUCGCAUUGAUUGUCCAAAUCCAACUCCAACAGAACCGCUCCGAUCUUGCGCUCAAGGAGGUGCAAGCUGCUAAGCGCUGGGCUCAGGACUCACUGCUGGUUAACUUGGCCGAGUCAUGGCUUGGCCUGAGAGUUGGUGGUGAACAGUACCAGUCCGCCUUCUACGUUUACGAGGAACUCGCCUCCGCCCCUAGCACCGCUGCCGCCUUGUCUAUCGUUGGCCAAGCUGUCGCCGAGAUUCACCUUGGCCGUCUGCCUGAGGCUGAGGCCGCCCUCACUACCGCAAUGGAGAAGUACCCUGAGGAUGCCGAGCUGAUUGCCAACACAAUUGUGCUGAACGUGCUGUCAGGGAAGCCGACUGCGGAUCUGGAAUCCCGGCUCCAACAGGCCCAGCCCUCACACGCGCUGCUUACCGAUAUCGAAGAGAAGAGUGCCCUUUUCGACACUGCUGCGGCCAAGUACGCACCUAAGGUGUCUUCCUAA